AUGUUCAGACCAGUCCUUGCCCGCCCAUGCAUCCGGAGACGUUGCACCAUCACACCGCCGCGUCUCGCUAGCCGCACACAGCACACACCGACCACCCGAUAUGCACCGCCCGCCACGGAGGCAAUUCCUGCGCGUCCCCCGGACUCCGCCUUCUUCGUUUUCCUCAAGCAGUACCUCAAAUACACGCUCACGGGCAUCGUCGUAUGCGUCGCAACUGCAGGAACGAUAUGGGAAGGCACCCAUCUCCUCGCUGAACACGUAGCUAUGGCCCCCGAGAUCGACUCUGAGAUCAACAAGUGGGAGUGGGACGUGCUGGAGAACGACUGGACUGGCGAUCCCCUCGUCGGAGGUACGGAUCCAUCCUUGGGUUUCUGGGCCCGUCAUUUUGUCCGUGCAGCCUGGAUGUUCCAUUAUGAAGAAAGAACUCCAAAAAAUAUUGUGGGUACAGCAGACCCAUCCAAGACCAAUCAAGAACCUCUUCACCGUUCUGAUGAACGUCUCAACAAGGUCGAAAAUAACUUACGUGAUACCAUCCAACGCAUCGAAGCUAGUCCUCCUUCGAGCAUUCGGCCACACACACUCCCUACGCUUCUCCUGCGUCAUGCAGAGGUUCUGGAGCACUUUGGUACCCAGAGUCUCCAAACUGCAAUUGACGAAUACGAGCGUGCAUGGAGCUCCUUUACGGACCCCGUUCACAAGGCAUAUAUAGCCUGGAAGCUGGGAAACGCUAACAGCCGUCUCGAUCGCGACUUUGCUGCUCGCGAAUGGUGGAGUAGAUCAGUGCAACUUUGUCAGAGUUCCGAUUUAGGCCACCAUUCGGCAAUCCCGAAGUCCCCUUUGGCACAGCGUAUACUUUUUUCGACCCUCGUUUCACAGUCUGCGCAUUUAGCACGAUCUGGGAAGCUCCAGGAAGCCCAAGGCCUGGAAGAAUCCACCCUUGCCCUCCUUCGAUCGAUUCAGUCACCUGCUACCAUUGCCUCCGCCACUCCUCCAGAAUCUCUUCACUUUUUGUAUCUCCUCCAACGUUCCUCUCUUCUCUCCAUCCACUUGGCAGAAGUCUUACAUGCGCAAAAUCGACCAACAUAUACGAGCGUCCAAUGGCUUACCUCGGCCGCGGAAUCCUCAGAACGUGUGGCGCGUGCCCUUACUAUACCCCAACUCCAUUUAACGGACUCUGAUCAACUCAGGAACACGGAGAAGCUUCUUCCCUCGUACUCCUCCUCAAAAUCCAUGAACGUCGCAGCUUCAGAAUUGCUCAAGGAUGCAAGAAGGACUGCGGCCGAUGCGUGGAACCUGAUGGGCAUCUUACACGAGACCCAGGAAGGUACCAAAUCUCGCUCGGCGUUGAACUGUUUUGAGCAUGCCGUAAGAUGGGCAAGCACGGGAAACAAAAACGAUAACAAGGCAAACGCGAGCCCGGCUGAUUACAUCUUGGAAUCGGAUUGGAAUAUAUAUUGGGACAACUAUGAGCGCGUAAAGAGCACCUUGGAGAAGUCCGACCAGAAAUGA